AUGCCGUCCCAGUUCAUACCAGGUCAAAACUCUCGCCACCGCAUUGCUGCAAUCGCCCUAUUCCGUGCUCUCGUCCGCGAAGCCCGCGCCAUAUCACUCCCAAACGAUGUCCUCCGCAAAGGAAUCGAGAACCCACUGCCGAGGCUCGUGAAGAAAGGAUUCAAGCGCAACCAGACAGAGGCGAGCUACCGUCUUGUUUUCGCUGCACUAACGAAAGGAUACAAGUUUCUCAACCUCUUCAAAAGCGCCCAGACCCCCGACUCGAAAGAACAUUCCGAAAUCCUCACCUACCUCCGCGAAAAGAGCCUUCAUGAUGCGAAAUCGGAAGCAGGCAAACCGCCGCCGCCGACGCCGAGAAUACAACGCCCAAAGCCCAAGUGGCCGCCCCUCUUUGAGCGCGUUUCGCACCCGGGCCAACCACCCGUCUACAUCUCCAAGCGCCACCCCAUACCCCGCGAGGACCUCUCCGGCACACGGCACAUCCCCAACAUUGCUGUAACCGCACAUGGCGUCGUGUUCCUGCGCCAGGGUAAGCCGCAGCACCGCGCCGUGUGCGACUACGUCCAGAAGAAGAACAAGUACAAGAUCAAGCAGAUGAAUCAUCUGCUCGGCUCGAUGCGCGAGGAACAGCAGUUUGCAAAGGAGGAGGACAAUUGGGAUAGGCACCUUAACAGCGAGAUCCGCUCGCAGCAGUGGGCGGUGAAGAGGGCGAUCGAGUUGCGCCAGAAGCGCGAGAUGCCCCUCUCAGACCUCCCCGACUGGGUUGAGGUGCCGGUCGCUCAGGGGCCCAAAGAGCCUGAACCAUGGGUCUAUGAAGAGAGUUUCCGCCACAGCGUGGCUGCGACGUUUGCUGAUGCCAGCAGAAGGUUGAAUGAGGAUGCGGCAGAUCAGUCUGCGAGGGCGAGGGUGUUUUUGCAGAUCCGUGAGGCGGAAAGAAAGGCGUUGAGGGGUGAUCAUGAGUAUUAUCGGAAAAAGGGCCACCUGUGGAUGAUUGAUACACCGUACAAAAAGAAACAAAGAAGGGUUGCGAAGCGCAAGAAGGGAGGGGAGGACAGGCACGACCGAAGAGCUGUACGGCAGGACAAGGCACGGAAGAGCAAUUGGGGUGGCCUCAGCCCUACUCCCAUCCAGGUUUGA